AUGGAUAAUAUAGAAAAUCACAGCGGAAAAAAGUAUGAGUAUUUAAGCAACAAUUAUGAUAGAGUGUAUAAUGAAACAGAAGGAGAAGGAGAUGUCAUGAGUAAAAAUUAUCAUAGUGGUAUGAAUUACAGCUAUGGUCAAAAUUUGUUAAACAAAAGUAAUAGCACAAAUAUGUACGGCAAUAGCAACAUGAAUGGUUUCAUGAAAAAGGGCGCCCAGAGCGCCAACAACGGCAUCAAUGGGGACUUCCAUUACGCCCAAAAUAAUAAAAAAUAUAACUCCACCAUGGAGAAAGAAAAACUAAUAAGCAAUAAGUCCAUGUAUAACAAGAGUAAGAGCAACUACAACAAUAUCAACUACGAUAGUAACGAAGAAGACUGCUCUGAAACACAUUAUCAUUUUGAACAUAAAUACAAUUCAGAUAAGGAUCUAGAGAAUAAUCGCAUGCUAAUGGAGCCUGAUGAUUUAAUUUCCUCAAGAAGAAAUAAUAUGAGAACCAAACUGCAGGUGCUAAUGAAGGUACUAAUUAUUCUGGCCAUCUUUUUUCUCUUAGUAUUUUUAAUAACAAAAUUUAAAAAAUUCCUAGACCUAAUUAAUAUAGUUAUAAAAUGGGUUGGAGAACAAGGUUCCUGGAGCAUCCUCCUGUUCAUUUUGUUAUUCACAUGUACAUCCCCCUUGUUCAUGUCAGUCGAAAUUAUGUGUGUUGGUGCGGGACUUAUAUUCUCAGGGGUGUAUGGAAAAUUCUUGGGCAUAAUUGUCGCCGUCUUUUCUGUUGCCACUGGAUACAUCUUGGGAAUGUCACUGUGCUUUUUCAUUUCAAGAUAUUUAAUGCAUGACUUUAUUUAUAAGAAGCUAAUGGUUUAUCCGAUUUACUUAGCAUUUAAUCAAGCCAUAAAUUCCAAUGGACUCUCUUUUGUCCUGUUGAUACGUUUGUCUCCUAUUUUGCCAGCCGCUGUCGUUAGCUAUAUACUCGGUGUUACGUCCCUCAAGUACAAGCACUUCGCGCUGGGAUCCGUCUCUUCCUUGCCCAGCAUAAGUAUAUUUGUCUACAUUGGCGUUUUGCUUCAGGACAUUUCCAACAUAGAUGAAAUGGAGAACCACUGGGCCAAUCUCAUCGUCCUCUUCAUUGGCUUUAUCCUGGGGGUAGUUGCCAUUGCGUACAUUUCCGUUGUCACCAAGCGCAGAUUGAACAACAUGAACAUAAUGAACUCGUCCCUGUCGACCACCAACAUCGACAUCGAGUAA